AUGUCUGACGGCUGGGAUGCUGCUGAGCCCGUCUCCAACGGAACCGAGAAGCAUAACGUCAAUUCCGAUGCUGUGCCCAUGAACGACGGCGAUGGUGGUUGGGGCACCGAUGUUACGAACGGCGCGGACGCCGCUGCUCAAACAGCCCCUGCGGCGGAAACAAGAAAGCACAAGUUCGGCGUCAGGGAAGAAAUUGUCGUCCCCGACGCAGAGAAUGUUGUAUGGCUUGCGAAUGCCGAGCGCUGGGAGGAAGGCGUGCGCAAUGUGAACCUUGAGACCAGACUCUACCGCGAUAACAUUGUGCACGCCGGCGAGCAUUUCGAGGAUAUCCGAGGGGUGCAUGUCACCACUGUUGGCGAGGAGAUUCCCGAUAAGCUGGAAUCGUUCGAGCAAUUGAAUAUCCCUACACCUCUUAGAGAGAACAUUCUUUCGCACAUGAGAUACUCCAAGCCUACGCCUGUUCAAGCCGCCGCGAUCCCGGUGCUCCUCAGUGGACGUGACGUUAUGGCAACGGCCCAGACUGGCAGUGGAAAGACUUGCGCUUACAUGCUGCCGAUCAUGAUCAAGAUGCUGGAGCGCGGCAAUCCGAGAGCUAGUGUUGCGAACGCUGAGGCCGCUGGCGGGGAAGAGAAGCAAAGCUUCUUCAGCGCUGGUGCUGGUGCAGGGCCUGUUGAGCCUCAGGCUCUGAUCGUCGUCCCAACUCGUGAGUUGGCUUCCCAGAUCCAUCAUGAAGCUCGAAAGUUCGCGUAUCUGACCUGGGUCAAGCCGUCCGUUAUUUACGGAGGUGCUGGAACAAGAAACCUCAUCGACGAAAUGAGAAAAGGAACGGACAUUCUUAUCGCAACGCCGGGAAAGCUGCUUGAUCUCCUCGAAAAGGGUGUCAUUCUCCUUCGCAAGAUUAAGUUCCUUGUCAUUGAUGAAGCUGACCGGUUGUUUGAACUGGGCUUCGCCGAAGAUGUGAUGCGCAUUUGCAAAGGCUUCGAUUUGCCUCAAGAUGAAUCCAAGAGAGUCUGUUUGUUUUCGGCCACGUUCCCGAAGAGUGUCCGAGCCUUCGCCGGCCAGCUUUUGGGAGACUGUGCUCUCAUUACUGUUGGUCAAGUUGGAGUCGUUCCGACCGACAUCAAGCAAGAGGUGUUGGAACUUCAAGACAAUGAGAAAACGGCGAAGCUUCUCGACAUCCUCUUCGAGUCGGAAGUCGGAUUGACCCUCAUCUUCGUCAACACUUGUCGCGCCGCGGACACUUUGGACGACAGCCUCUAUCGACUUGGCUUCCCGGUCACCUCCAUCCACAGCGGACGGUCCCAGGCUGAGCGUGAAAGCUCCAUCUCGGCCUUUAGGGCUAACAAGAUCCCGCUGAUGAUCGCUACGGAUAUCGCGGCUAGAGGCUGGGACAUUCCCAACAUCGUACAAGUCAUCAACUACGACAUGCCCAAAGAUAUUGAUGACUACAUCCAUAGAAUUGGCCGAACCGCUCGUGUCGGGAACGUCGGGACCGCUACGAGCUUCUUCAAUCCCGAGAAGAACGAUGAACUCGGACCUGCCCUUGUCAAGGUCUUGAAAGAAGCCGGGCAACCUAUCCCUGAGUUCCUCCAGCGCCACAUAGAGGAGAUGGAAAUUGACGGAGCUGAAGGGCCGGAUAACCUCAAAGAGGAAGAUUUGGAGGGCGAGGUUCCCGACUUCGCCGCUGCCGGCGGUUCCAAUGGCGCUGAUGGCGGCGAAGGCGGCUGGGACGAAGGCGAAGGUGGCGGUUGGGCUACCGGCGGCGACGGGGACGGCGGUGACAAUGCCGAAGCUCCCGCGGAGGACGCCAGCGGUUGGUAG